AUGUUUAGAAAUUCUACAGUAGUUCCUGGUGGCGAGUUGAUCUUGGGCGGUGUAGACACAAGCAAAUACAGUGGGUCAAUCACAUAUGUCCAUGUUACCGUACAAGGCUACUGGCAAUUUCUUUUAGACAGUGUCACUGUCUGUGGAACCUCGAUAUGUUCGUCUAACUGCAAUGCCAUUGCGGACACAGGAAUAACUUUGAUUCUUGGUCCAGCUAAUCAAAUAGCUGCACUCAAUGCGGCGCUGGGUGCUGUCUACGAUCCUACUACGGGAUUCGUGAGUGAAAUUUAUGCUUCAAGCACAUAA